ACUCUCGCGCACUUGCCGUUGGUGGUAAAAAGCGGAGCUCGCGCCUCAUCAGACAGACACCUUGUAGACUAGAAGACAGAACGCGCACGACUCACGUGCGAAUGUAAGAUGCAGCUGAGCGGCGGGACGAGUGUGGAGCCGGCGGUCAUCUAACGGAAGUCUGGGAGAGAGAGAGCCAUGAAGAAGCACCUGAGUCCGGCCAAACAACAGCAGCAACCACCGGCUGAUGUCCCGGCGGCUCCCGGCGGCGGCGGCGGCGGCGAGGUGACCGUCCAACAACUCAACGAGCUGCUGUCCAACGGCAGCGGCUUCUACAGCCUCCCGACUCAACACUUCAACGAGGUCUUCCCCAGAAUAUACGUCGGCAACGCGUUUGUAGCUCAGAAUGCGAUGCGCCUGCAGAAACUCGGAGUGACGCACGUCCUCAACGUGGCGGAGGGCACCUCCUUCAUGCACGUCAACACCAGCGUGGAUUUCUACGCCGGCACCGGCAUCACGUACCACGGUAUCCAGGCCAACGACACCGAGCAGUUCAACCUCAGUGCCUUCUUUGAGGAGGGGGCAGAUUUUAUUGACAAGGCCCUAGCACACAAUAAUGGGAAAGGGAAGGUGUACGUACACUGCAGAGAAGGCUACAGCCGCUCCCCCACCAUGGUUGUCGCUUACCUCAUGCUGCGCCACAGGAUGGACGCCCGGCUGGCGGUGGCCACCGUGAGGCAUAAGAGAGAAAUCGGCCCUAACGACGGCUUCCUUCGCCAGCUGUGCCAGCUUAACGAGAAGCUGGCGAAGGAGGGCAAGCUGAACGGGGAGGUGGGCAAACUAAAGACCAAAUGAGAACACGAAGAGACCCUCUGCCCCGUCUCCUCCCAUCAUGCCUUUCACAGGCUUCAGCUGCUCUCGGAGACUGACCCCACCCCACCCCACCCCGACCAAACCAGCACCCAUCUGACACGCCAGGGGUAUUCUGAAACACACAUGCAUUUAUCUGUGUAGAUAACUAUCCCUCAUGCACACACACACAAUCUCACACACAUAGUUUUCUUUCUUAUCUGUCACUGCUGCUCUGUAAGGGGGGACAUCUCGUCAGCGUGAGCUCAGAUACUGAAUACAAACAAACUCCUCAUCCCCCCCUUUUUUUAUCUACACCACACAGAUGAGCAGACGUCUCACUGCGAGCACCCGAAAGCUCCACAUUUCUGAGCACUUUUGAGCUGAGCUACUUAAAUCAUUCCUUCAAUUCCCACAAAGUUGAGACGGUGAAAAAAAAACAAAAAAACGUCACCCUGAUUUUUACAACUUCCUUAAAUAGUUCUACAAGAUUAUAGCACAAUCAUUCCAUAGUUUUCCACUGCCGGGAACGUCAGCAGGAGUAACCUGAGAUGUUGAGAAAAUAAAAAAAGUCGAUGGCCACACACACGAUACGGAUGAAACGAGUCGGUUGUGUUACACAAGAAGUGAGAUGUGAAUCCCAAACAUUCCAUGAAAACAGAAAAAAAGCCCCUCAGAGUUUCGUUUCCCCUCUCAGCCCAGUAUUUAAUGCACUAACACGAAUGAUUCACACUCCUGAUGCAAGCUGUAGCUCUAUGUAGCAUUUCAGUCGGCAUCCUUGACUCUGCGACCUCCAGUUUGACAGCGGUAGCAUCAAAAAUUAACACGGAGCACCGAGACACAAAGGCAGCAAAGGUCGAGCUAAUUAAAAAUAACGAGCUGCGUGGGUCGCUCGUGUAGCAGCCGUAUUUAGCUGAUAUGAUGAAUGUUCGUUAGAGUUAAAACUGACGGUAAAUUAGUUUGUCAUUGAGCUCCAACACAAUGCACAUCACAUUUAAAAACAAGGAAAAGGUCUCUUCCACAUUUUUAACUAAUAGCUUAGAUGGUAGUUUAUGUAGUUUGUGACCUGUAUGUAUAAUUCCUUUAAGUAAUAUCUCUGAUGGGAUGAACAGAUUUCACAUCACGUCUACACAAGAGGUGUAUCUUUAUUUAUUAAUAGUUUUCCAAGAAAAACUACCACACAACUGCUAAUCACAGCUUCUUAAAUGUGAUGAUUUGAUGCUCCUCUUUGUCAUAUAUGAUGAUAAACUGAAUAUUCCAACAGUAUCCAUAAGAGGCCAAAAUCAACCGAUAAUAUUGACAAUCUGAUUUAUCGCUCAGGCUCUGAUUCCAAAUGUUAAAUACCCGAAUGUAAGAAAAGGUAGAACACACACAAAACUUAAGGACGAAGUCGACUAACAUCAAAUUCAAUUAACUUUUUUCUGACCGUGUCAACAAACAUGCUAACGUUUCAUCCUAGUGGCUCAAAUCGGAGUGUUUCAAAACGUUAGCACGACUGUUAGUUGACUGUGUUCUGAAGAUGUGUGUGUGUGUGUGUGUGUGUGCUGCCUUUUUACCUGGUGAUUCAACUGCUGGAAUAUAUGACUUUGGUUGAGCACCACAGUACAACACUGUUAGCCUUUGGUUAGCUUAGGGCUAACCAACAUUUUUCACAGUUUUCUGAUUUCUGAUUUUGAAUCAAACCAUUAAUCAAAAAAAUUUUAUCGGAUGAAUUGAUAAUGAAAACUAUUAGUAGCAGCCCUUUGCAGCUGAGCUCUGUGACUGGCUACACAAAAUUAUUUUCUUACUUUUACUGCUACAUGAUCCCAAAUCUCUGUUUAUUAUUUUUCUUCCUGGAUGGAAAGUCAGCUGCAACUUAAUUAUUGUUUUGAUUCAAUUCAAUCUGUCUUUCAUUUUCUUGAUUAAUAAAUUAGUUGUUCGGUUGAUAAAGUGUCAGAAAAAAGGUGAAAAAGAAGUUGAUCAGUGUUUCUUAUGACAUUCUCAAAUAUAUCAACAUCGACAUGAAUGUUUUCAGUUUACUGUCACAGAGGAGCAAAGAAACCAGAAAAUAUUCACAUUGAAGAAGCUGGAAUCGGAGAAUCUGGAGUUGGUGAUUGCUCAAACAGAAAUGUGUUGUGCUAAAUUUCCUGUGGUAUUAUUUAUCACUCUCUUAUAUUCCUAACACACCCACAUGAACACACCAUCAUCGGUCGUAGCACGGCGUUGUUAAAAGCCGUUUUUUCCUGUUUACCGCCUUCAAACUAGAGGCCUGUCGUUGUAGCUGUCACAGGAUGCCUCCCACUUCACACAGAACGUUCCAGUCAUCGCGCCAGAGAGUUGUCCACUGCCAAUUCCCUGACACAGCCGUUAUCCACGGCCCGUAUCCAGUUCCACUGUUUCAUCAACACAGUCUGUCAGAGGUCCAUACACAACAUGUCACUGUCUCACUCCCGAGUGUGUGUGUGUGUGUGUGUGUGUGUGUGUGUGUGUGUGUGUGUGUGUGUGUCUGUGUGUCAUACGGUAGUUUAUUAUGCCUGACUUUAUGCACACACCACGAAUCACAAAGCCUUUCUUUGGUUGUAUGUACUAAAGCAUUGCAAUAUAUGUCAAUACCCCCAUCAGAUAUAUAGAAUGUAACCGCAUCUAAAUAUGAGUAUCCAGGCUGUAGUUGUCACAUAUAGGCGACAGUAGAUCAACAAUACACUUCGAGAGAUAUUACUGGGCAUAAUUCUGUAAACCUGUAGACCUAGUGCCAGGGAGGACGAGCGACGGGAGUGUUUUUAAAACCUGCAGCAGGUCACUCCUCCAGGCGGGUUCCCGGGAGAACAGCGUGAGGUCGAGGGAGCGUUUGACUGAAUAUUCCUCCUGAACAAUCGGCCUGUUCGCACGAGUCCUGUGGUCGGGGGGGGGAGCAGAAUCUAGGUUGUCUCACCUCAUUAAUGGCACUAUUUAUUCCUCCUUUGAUAUAUCUGUAUACAUAUGAAUAUAUACAUGUAUACUGUAUAUACAUAUUUAAGUGUUGACAUAUAUGAAUGUACGAGCAAUGUGUCUAUAACGUGUCGGUAUCGUCGGUAUGUCCUUUAUAUAUCAUGUUAUAUUUGUAUUAUGCUCCUCCAUUCUUUGCGUUCGCGGCUGAUUACAUGUACACUCGUAUUCCCGUAUGAUGUACAUGUGAAGUAACGUGUGUGAUUGUGAUGUUUCUCAUCACAAUCGUGCAAAAAGGGUGUUUUAUUUUCCCCCCCCGAGCUUCCUCCGGGACGCUGAGGCAUGUAACCACCGUGUUUAUAGUGUUUUUCUUUUUUUUUUUUUUUUUUUGGACAGUUUCAGUUGCCAUGGUGACGAUUAUUUAUUCAUACACAGCAAGAUGCAGGUGGCAGAAUAAGAUGGAUGAAGGAUAAUCCUGCAUACGUUCAACUCAUCCCAUCACAUUUGCUGCUUCGGGAAACAUUUACAGUUUUUUGGGGUUUUUUUUUUCUUUCUCGACAGGAGUUUUCUGAUUUCUCAUCCAGGAGGAUGAGUAUGAAGUGAUUCUCCGGCUGUACUUUACAUUUCAGUGCAAUGUUUUGAGCUGCGAAACGCACCGUGACACUGAACUUAAAUCUCUCAAACAUUCAACUUUUAGCAAAGCUGCAGAUUUACCAUGAAGGGGAGUUAUUUUAAGCCUAAGAAAAACUUUUUUUUUCAGUGGUUACAACUGACGAGUGGCACAAAAUGACAAAAACAGCAUAUUUUUGGUUUGAUAACAAUGUUUAAAAGAGAGGAAGGAGAGAGGAAAUAGUUCUUAUGUAUUAUUCCAACUUCCAAUAAUUUGAUAAUUCAGUUUGUGAUUAUUAUCAAUCCAGUGUUAUAAGUGAAAGGUGAAGGUAACGAUCCAUAUUAUCAUCUUUUAGAUACGCCUUUAUUUUGAAAUUCCAUGCAAACUUUGAGUAUGUGACAUAAUCUUUACUGCACUUAAACCAGUUGGUUAUUUACCUGCAGCAGCGAAAAUGCAGACUGUGGUAUCAGUAAAUAUUGUAUCGUUGUCCAGAGAAUUGAUAAUUGAUAUUGAUAUAUCGUAUUUUGUGUCAUAAAUGAGUUGCUUCCCUAUAUUGUACUGAAGUUUCCGCUUCACUUGGAGUCAGUCCAGCCGAAUGUGUGAGAAAAAAAAUCCUCCAGACUCAAAUUUUAAAUGACUCCAGCCAGACGAGACACUUUAUAGGCCACGUGUUUAUACAGUGAUCCGAUCUCAUCAGGUCCGGUCUUUUAAAAUAAAAUCUCAGAACAUGCAUUGAAAUGUCAAGCGCCGCUGUCGGAGAGGAAGGGGAGUAUUAUCACAGGGAGUUAGAAACGAGGGCAAACUGUCUCAGACUUUGAGAAACACGAGCGUGGCUGUGAAGUUUCUCCUGCGGGACGUCGCGCCGAUUCAGGUUCACACACAGGUUGUUUCCUGUCCACGCCGGUCAUCUCACACACUUGAAAAUGUCUCAGAUCUGUUAAAAAAAAAAAAAAGGAAACACUUGGGUUUUUUUUUGUCUUGCCAGUCGUGUUCGCUAGAUGUGUGGAAAAUCAAGUGCAGGCCUUUCAAAUCUGAGACCUAUUUUCAAGUCUGACUUUGCGCAUGUGUCACAGCGGCCCAUCAUGAACCCCAAACCACACGACAAACAGAGAGAACCACUUCCUCCGAGCUCCAACACAACACAUCAAACACCGAGAUGUCUGUGCCGAGCGAGCUGCAGCGCUGCGGCGACCACACGCCCAGUUUCUAAACCUUCACCAUUGGCUUUCCUCUCAUUCAGAUGGACAAUACUGCCCUCCUUCUGAACACACACACACACACACACACACACACACACAAAAAAGCAACAACUCAGUGUUUCUCGUUGAGUUCCACAUUCAGCUUAUCUUCCUAAAUUUUGGAAUUAUUGGGGUUUAAAUUCUACAAAUCGUUUCCAGGAUGAGGGUGCGUACUUUAUAGCAUCGACUGCCGACGCCGACCUGCUUAUCGACUCAAAUCAUUGACAAUUCUUUGGCUCAGAAAGUCGCUCCGAGGCAGCCGAACUAGCCAUGGUAGAAGUCCCGUUUUUUAUAUAUAUCCCGAUAUUUACACAACCAAAUUGUUACAACUUGAGCUUCUAUGAUGGCUACACCGCUGGCUUCACGCUCUUUUUUACGCAUCGAGUAACAGAUCAACACUGCCACCUGCUGUCCAACAAACCCAGUUCUGUUUUUUGAAAAGCUGAUUGGUGUUUUUUAGCUCAUGACAUCGGAAAUUGUUACAAAUCCAACCACAAAUCCUCGUUGUGUUUUUUUUUGUUUGUUUUUUUCCCUUCCCUGUGAUGUCGUUCAACAAGGUACCAGCAUCAUUUUGUGGGUUAUACUCCAGGUACAUUAUGUAUUAUCGAGAAUGUCAAACGUGAAAUGCCAUUUAAUGUAUAUUGUUAUAUAUCCUGAGUAUGUAACACGCACUAUGGCAGUUGUGAAUUGCUGCAUUUUACUGUCUUAACUGGCCUACUAUAUAGAUAGGACAUUUGUUUGAUAUUAUUGGAUCUUGUGAGUUGAAAUUGCAAACGAAACAUUGCUUUAUGACUUCCUUUUCUCUUGACGAUGUUUUGGUUUGAUGUGUUUUUUUUUUUUUGUAUUUGAAUUUGUCCAGUUUCAAGGAUACAAGUUGAUUUAUAGGUUUAAAGGAAAAAAAGGGGGACACUCCAGAAAAUGGAAAUUUCGGUCAUCAAGCGAUGGAAAGUCGGGGGAAGUUUUAGUUGUCAGCGCGAUCAUCUCUGGAGCGUUCAUACAAACACCUCGAGGGAGUGUUGGGGACAUUUUGAGCCAUCGGUGAGGGCUGAAGAUAUUCUCGAGUUAGUGCACGCAUGAGGGCUGGCUUUGGAUAUACGUGGCGUUUAUCUCUCAGGAUGUGCACGACCGACGCUCCAAACGGACGCAGGUAUCCUGCACAUCCUGAGGAAUACAUGCCAAGUAAAUGCAAGAUGUAAUGCACACAUGAACGGUAUCCUGCUUUCCUUCAGGUGUUUAAGAGAACGUCGCUACGUGUUUUUACUGCAAAGCUCCAGAAAUGUUUUGCGGACGAUGAAACUUCCCCCCCGCGAGCCGAUAAUGACAGAGUUUCCACUUUUGUUGUGGAACUAUUCCUUUAUAAUUUCUUUCGCUUUGCUAAUAAAGGUGAUUUUUAGUAGUGAAACUAAAAAGCUGCUUCUCCCGACUUCUCCGACCAUGAAUCCGAACGCAGUCGGCCAUCAGCCGUGUUUGUUUCUGGACGAUGAUCGUUGUUAUUCAUCCACAGAAGAACCCAGAGUGGAAGAGGAGGAUCGUUAAAUCGCUCACAGAGAGCCUGGUUGUGUUUCAUCACAGACAAAAAAAAACAACAAACUACUUUUAAAUUUGACUUUGGUUUAAAUGUGCGGCACAUCUCGGACAUCUGAAGCCGCUCCGUGACUGACGUCUGACGUCGUGGAAACUCAUCUGGCUGAUCUGUCCGGGUGAUGCGGUCGACUCCAUCCAGCUGCUCCUCUCGAGAGCGUUCAAACAAACACCGGAAAUUACUCACAAACACUGUUUGGCCCAGGUGAGGUGCCUCCACCAGAGCUGUCAUCUUCAUCAUCCUCUUCUUCUUCUUCUUCUUGCCUCCUUUCUGUUAAAGCAGGAGUUUGAGCACAAAUGAGUCCGCUGCCUGACUCCUCCUGGAGUCCACCACACAGUUACUUUUCUGUUGGUGUACAGACGUCAUAACUUUUUUUUUUGUUUGUUUGUUUUUUGUGGGUACAUCUCAACGUGGACAUCGGUCACCGCCACCGCCAACGCAUCACAACAGCAACGACACACAGCACCCCACCCGAAGCCUUACAGCAACGAUCGAUUCCUUAGAUUGUUUUUUGAGUUCGGUGUAUCUCACUUCACGCAGCAGGAAAGGGACUCCGCUCCCUUACAGAACGAGACAUUGUUGAAGUGCACUUGAUUUUAAAUUGCAAUGUUGUUUUUCUUACCUUGGAGAAGUCCCUUCUUUCUUAUGUUUAAGAAAUAAAUGGCUGAGGUAUCAACAUCUGA